AUAUAGGUGAUGAGGUUUUGGCCACAGAUUAAGGCGAGAGAGGAAGGAUGGUGAGACCGUGGAGAGAGGUGGAUGGGCGAAUUUUGAUUCUAGGAUUUCGCUCCAUCUCUUUUCUUAUCCGAGACUCUUUUUCUAAGAUCGUCGUUAGAUUUUCGUAGGUUGUCAUAUGUUGCCAAUUUUAAUUUUACGAAAGUUCUUCCGAAAAAUAAUAUCGAGUUUAAUUUUACGACAGUUAUUUCGCAAAAUUUUAUCGAUUUUAAUUUUUCGAAAGAUGUUUCGUAAAAUGUUGUCAAGCUUAAUUUUUACGAGAUUUGUUCCGUAAAGAGGUUUUCAAGUUUUGGCUAUACGAGAGCUGUGACAAGGUUAAUUAUUGCAACCAAACUUAGUCAGAAGUUUUUCUCUUAUCCGUGGGAUUGAUCCGUGGAAUUUUCGAGUAAUUUUUUCCAAAGUAAGACUUAGGUGACAAACAUCGACAACUCGCGGAAUUUGUUACUAUGGAAGUGAUACUUGAAUUCUUACGAAAUCUUAGGUUUCAGAAAACGUUUUAGCGGUGGGAAUACGAUCUCCUGUUUUGCUUUAUUUAGUCUUCGUCAGUCGUUUUAGGUUUCAAGUGAUUCUAUGGAAAUCAACUUCGUUUCUCUGAAUGUUAUUUGGAAGCAGUACAGCCGUGGGGGUUUCGUAACCGAUUGGUUGUGCUUUCCUUUUUCUACGAUUAAUCUAGGGUUUUUCUGAAAGAUAUUUGGAAGAAGUACAUCAGCGAGUUAAGUACCCAAUUUGUUGUGCUUCCCUUUUUUUCUCUGCGGCUAACCUAGGGUUUUUUUUUCCGCAAGAUGUUCGGAAGAAGUACAUCGGUGAGUUAUGUAUCAGAUUUGCUGUGUUUCCUUUUUCCGCGAUUAACCUAGGGUUUUUCUGCGGUUUUGGGGAGAGCAAGGUUUUCUUUUCCGAAAAGUUUUCGGAAAACAUGUUUUAGUAAAAACCCUCACACGUUAAGACUUCUUUAUUUUGGUAAUGAGCCAAACUUACGGAGUUUGAUAAAAUUUUAUCGUUUCCCUUUAUGUUUAGACAUAGAAAUCGCAAGCUCGUUUCAUUGCACUUCCUGUGGCGAAAAUUAGCGGCUAGGUUUUCAAUUUUCUCUAGAACUGUGGCGUUUGCGUAAGCGUUGGCCAUAUGCGUAAUGGCAGCUCGAGUUUUCUUACCAGCGUUGUUGCGAACUGCGAUUUUGUCUUUCGUAUUUCCAGACAUUGUUUUGAUCAAGCGUUUUGCGGAUAAGGAGACAUCCCGAAAAGAGCAUUAAAAUGGAAUUGAUGAUGCGAUAAUACAAGAAAUAUGGGAUUGGAGUAUGAGAUUGCAGUUAAUGGGAUUAUUCAGGGAGAUUGAUUUUGUUUACAUAAAUCAUAGAAGAUAUGGAGAAAAUAAGGAAAAUCUUGGGAGUCGUAGGAUGAGGAUUUGGGAUCAGUAUAAAAGGAAUAAGGCGUUUCACUAUGCUUGGAUCAUAUACUUCGAAACUUUUUCUUUUGCUCUAGACAAAGAUCAAAUUUUUGCUCUUAUUCGUUUGGCUAUGACGCAGAGUCAGAUUCUGAGCAAUGCGGGGGAGGUGAAGAACGGAGAAGAACUCGCAAACGUUUGAAGAUCUCGGUGCCCCAUUUCGAUAACUCAGCUAUCAUCAAGACCUUUUCCAAAACACUGACUGGAAGAUGUAUGAAUCCGGAGGAGCAGGAGAUGAAGGCUCUGAUUUCGAAUCUCUCGAAAAUAUGGAAAUUGGAAGAGAGGGUAGUUGGUUCAGAUUUGGGUUUUGGUAAGUUUCAGUUUGACUUCGAUAAGGAGGAGGACAUAGAGGGGGUUCUUAAGCUUCAAUCCUUUCAUUUUGAUUACUGGAUGUUUUCCUUGGCGCGCUGGCAACCUAAGAAGUCCUCGCUCUACCCGUCGGAGAUAACCUUUUGGGUUCGAGUUAUAGGAGUUCCGGUGGAGUUCAAAACAGUACCCACUUUUGAGAGCAUUGGUGAGGCGAUUGGAAGGGCGGUGGCUGUCGAUUUGGAUCAUUCUCGUGUUCAGGUGGUGGUCGAUGCUUUCAAAGAGAUUUGUUUCGAAACCAAAGUAGACUUCACAGGCGGGGAGUUCUAUGAUGGUGAUCAGGAAGUUCCGGUAUCGUUGCGUUACGAGAAGCUAUUUGGAUAUUGUCAAGUUUGCGGCAGUCUUUGUUAAAGACGAAGUAUGUCCCUUAGAUACGAAGAACACCGAGAAGAGUCCAGAGAAGAAACGGGAAGGAAGAGAUGAAAGUGGUGCGUGGUAUGAUGGAGGAAAGUAUGAUGAUCGUGCAAGAAGUUAUAAAGGUGUGGUCAUCAAUGGGAACGCGAAUCAACAGAAUAAAGAAAGAGAAGGUCGGGAGUUUUAUGGCAAGGGCAAGGGCAAAAUCGUGGAGGAAACAUAUUCUAAAUGGAUGAAGGUGUCAGAGAGGGGAAGUAAGAGAGCAUACAAUAACUGUGGAAAUUAUAGAGGAGAUGGGGAAGCUUCUCGUUAUAGACCUGCGUGGAGAGAGGAUACAAGGCUUGGCGCUCAGAGUGGACAAAUUAUACCCUCUUCAGGAUAAGGUAGAGAGCAACAGCUUCAACGAGAUGUUCGUGAGGAAGUUCGUGAGCUGGCCAAAGCUCAGGCUGAUGGAACAGAAGUAAUAUCGGAUCCUAUUGAUGCAGAUCAAUGGCUGGCAGCGGUCCAUGGUAUGCAGGAGGAUCAGGUAGAUUUAGACGAUGAGGAUGUAAUGGACAUGUAUGAGAUUAAGGCUCAUUUACUUGAGAAUGGGAUAUAUAUGGAUUUAGAGGAUUUCUAGAGAAGCUAUGAGAGGAAGAAAUUGAGGAAGUGGUCAAAGGACAGGAAGAGGAGAGUAUUGUCCAAGAGAAAGAAGAAAUGGUAGCUGUGGAAGAAGAGCAAGGUCCGCCUGGAGGAGAUGUGGUGAAGAAGCAAGGUUUACGCAAGAGGCUAUUCAAGCCUACAAUAAGCACUGCGGGAAGCACUAAAAUGUGAGUGUUCAAUGCGCUUGCUUCACCACGUAAGCAAGAUGCAGCAAAGACAGGAGCACGACAGGGAGAUAACAGUAAGCAAACGGAGAGUAAGGGUACAUCAAACCCGAAACUUGGGCAUUAGAGGAUCUGAUUCAUGGAUAGAGUCUUCCUUCAAGAAUUUUCAAGCAGGCAGGGUCUGUCUUAUGAUUUAGUUUGCUUUCCGGUUUUAAUAAGCUUUAUGAACACUUGCACCUUAUUUGUUUCUAAGAGUAGUAUGAGUCUGGUUUUAUCUGCGUUUUUAUUGUUGCUGUUAAUGGCUUUCCUUGAGGUAAAGCAAUGGAAUAAUAAAACAGUCUUGCGUUAUUGGUAUUUUCGGCUAUUCAUGGUAACGUGCAUUUGUAAUCGACUUGAUCAUCAUAUAUGUGGAUAUAGGAAUAUGAUGUGGGAUAAUGGUAUAAUUGGUAUGGAAUGGAAUCAGAGAUAUAGUGGUCUUGUGGUAAGAAGGAGCCGUAUGUUAAGUUCGUUAGGUCUCAAGAAUGUUCUUGUCUAGUGGUGGCAAAUGCAAUUAGGGGUUCUUGGUUUUGUUAUUUCGGAAACUGUGAUCAAUGACUGCCCCAUUAACCAGUUGUUAUUUUUCUAUCAUUAUAUUGUUGGCACGAAGUGGAAUGUGUUAGUUUUGGUAUGUUGUCAUCUUGGUAGAGUAAGACCUAUUUUGCUUAUAUUCGCUCAAUGCUCGGAGAGAUUUUGGUUUACUGGAUAUGGCUUUGCAGGUUUCUUUUUUAGGGAUAUCUUGGGGAGUAUGGACUAUCCUCUUAUAUGUGCAACGGUGUGGGAGCGUUGUUUGUCUUUGGUAUCAUCAAACCAUGAUCAGAUACAAUCUGGAUGGAGAGGAUCAAAUUAUGAUACCCGUGAGAUGAGAGAUGACAGUUUUUCUCAAAGCAAGGAGAUAGUGGGAAUUGGUGUUUUGGUGAAACAAGCUGGUUUGAUGUAGCUAUUAACUGUGACGAUAGAGUUGUAUCUUUAUUUAUGGUAUAUAAUGUUUGGCUUUUGCUGUUUAUGAGAUUGUCGAUUUCCUUUAAAUUAUGGAAGCGGUUUUCAUUGAUCUGGAGGCUAAGUGAUACAAAUCGGAUAGUACCAUUAGAAUCAUUUUGGAUUUUUAUGAGAUGGUUCAGGUCACAAAGAAAGGAAAAUAGUCGGACUCUGGAAAUAAGGUAUCAUUACACCCGUCGACUUGGCUCUCCGGAGCAAAUAAAGAACAAUUGUUUUUACUGAAGUUGGAAUUGCCGAAGAAUGGGAAGUAAGUGGACUAUAAGCUAUUUGAGCGAGAUAAGGCAUAAACAUAAACCGGAUUUUUUUAUUUUUUGCAGAAACAAAGCAAGAUUCAGAGUUUGUCCAAAACUUUCAAGCUCACUUUGGAUUUGAUAAUCUGUUCAUAGUAGACCUAGUGGGAAGAAGUGGGGGAUUAGCGUUUUUCUAUAAUAAUGAGUAUCAGGUUAAGGUAUUAUAUUCUAGCAACUGAAUGAUUGAUGUGGAAGCGGAGGCUCUGGGCAAAACGGCUUAUCUUACUUUUGUGUAUGGGGAUCCAGUUCAAAAAAUGCGGGAACAAGUGUGGGAACGGUUAACUAGAUAUGGACUGUCGCGAUUCGAACCCUGGUUCAUUAUUGGUGAUCUCAAUGAGAUUACUGGAAAUCAUGAAAAAGAUGGAGGAUCUAUGAGGGGUGCAGAUUCUUUUAUUCCUUUUAAUAACAUGAUAAGAAAUAGUGGUUGAUUAGAAUUUCCGGCUAGGGGAAACAAAAUGUCAUGGCAAGGGAGAAGAGGAAAAGGGAAAGGGGCAGUGAUGGUUAGAUGUCGUUUAGACCGUCCUUUAGCAAAUGAAGAGUGGCAUACUCUAUUUUCAUGUUCUUUUACAGAAUAUCUUGGGAUGGUGGCUUCUGAUCAUCGGCCAGUGUUGGCUUAUCUAGAAGAUAAAGUUCCCAGGAGGAAAGGACAAUUUCGGUUCGAUAAGAGGUGGAUUGGACAAGCGGGUCUUCUGGAAUCAAUUACAAUGGGUUGGAUAGACUAUAACAAAGGAAAAGUAGAAGGGGGAGCAGAGAGUAUAGUGGCAAAAAUUAGUAAUUGUCGUCAUGAAAUUGCUAAAUGGGGUAAAAAUAAUCCACCUUAUGGAAAAGAAAAAAUAAAUGUGUUACAACAAGCACUUGAAGAGGUACAAACAGAUAAUACCAGGUCUCAAGAGGAUAUUUUGGAGGUGUUUAGAAAAUUACAAGAUGCAUAUAAGGAUGAAAAAGAUUACUGGCACCAGAAAAGCAGGAACAUGUGGUAUUCAUCUAGGGAUCUUAACACAAAAUUUUAUCACGCUUUAACUAAGCAACGGCGGGUUCGUAACAGAAUUGUUGGACUACAUGAUGCUGAUGAUAAUUAGAUUACAGAGGAUAAUGGUGUGGAAAAGGUGGCAAUAGAUUAUUUCGAAGAUGUAUUUAGUACCACCUCCCCAUUGGAAUUCGAUAGUUUCUUGACAGAGGUUACACCGGGUAUCACUCCUCAGAUGAAUCAACGUUUGUUGAGGCUAGCGACAGAGGAGGAGGUUAAAGAAGCUUUGUUUAUGAUGCACCCAGAAAAGGCGCUAGGACUGGACGUCAUAACAGCUCUAUUUUUCCAACACUCUGGGUAUAUUAUUAAGAAUUAUUUGGUAGGAAUGGUGAAUAAUUUCUUGGUUUUGGGAGAAAUGGAUGCACGAUUAAAUAUUACUAAUAUUUGUAUGAUCCCAAAAACUGAGAGACCUACAAGGAUGACGGAAUUGAGGCCAAUCAGUCUCUGUAAUGUAGGAUAUAAAAUUAUUUCAAAGGUUUUGUGUCAGCGAUUGAAAAUCUAUCUUCCCUUACUCUUAUCCGAAACUCAAUCGGAAUUCGUGGCAGGUAGGUUGAUUUCUGAUAAUAUUCUUAUCGCCCAGGAAAUGUUCCACGGAUUGCGGACCAAUAAAGCAUGUCUAGGAAAUUAUAUGACAAUUAAAAUGCGUAUGUAGAGUGGAAUGGGAGUUUAUUAAGGCCUUAUUGCAGAAAAUGGGUUUUGACCUUCAUUGGAUUAAAUUGAUGAUCGAAUGUAUUACAUCGGUUCAAUAUCGGGUUCUCAUAAAUGGACAACCACCUGGCCUCAUUGUUCCACAUAAGAGCUUACGUCAAGGAGAUCCUUUAUCGCCUUAUUUAUUUAUUCUAUGCACUGAGGUUUUAAUUGCAAAUAUAAAAAAAGGCAGAAAGAGGGCAAUAACUUACGGGAAUGAAGGUAGCUAGAGCUUGCCCAUCGAUAUCUCAUUUGCUUUUUGCGGAUGAUAGUCUCUUCUUUUGUAAAGCUCAAAAAGAAGAGUGUCAAACCAUUCUUAAGAUUUUAAAGGAAUAUGAGGCAGUUUCAGGGCAUCUAAUAAAUUUUGAUAAGUCUUUCAUUCAAUUUGGACUUAGGAUUGAAGAAUCCGUCAGACAUGAAUUAAGGGAUAUUUUGAAAAUUCAAAAUCUUGGAGGAAUGGGAUCCUACCUUGGUUUACCAGAAAAUCUGGGGGGAUCAAAGAUCCAAGUUUUUAGCUUUGUACAUUAUCGUUUAAAUAAUUGAGUCAAUGGGUGAACUUUCAAGUUUUUCACAAAAGGAAGAAAGGAAGUGAUCAUUAAAUCAGUGGUUACGGCAUUACCAAAUCAUACGAUGUCCUGCUAUCGUUUACCUAAGGCAACUGUGAAAAAACUGACAAGCGCAGUAUCACAAUUCUGGUGGAGUCCAGGGAGAAGUACAAGAGGCAUGCACUGUAAAUCAUGGGACAAAGUAUGUGUAGAUAAGGAUGAAGGAGGUUUGGGCUUUAAAGACAUCAUUGAUUUCAACACAGUGAUGCUUGGUAAGUAGUUAUGGCGUCUAAUAGAGAGGUCAAAUACUUUAUUCUCUCGAGUUUUCAAAGGGCGGUAUUACAGGUAUGCCGCACCUUUGGAACCGAUUCGUUUAUAUUCUCCGUCAUAUGGCUGGCGGAGUUUUGUCUCUGCUAGAUCUCUGGUAAGCAAAGGACUAAUCAAACAGGUGGGAUCAGAUUCUUCUAUAUAUGUAUGGAAUGAUCUAUGGCUCCCAACCACUCGCCCGAGACCAGCUAAUAAAACCAACACAAUUUAUACCCGGACAUUACAGUGAAGUCUCUCAUUUACUCUACCUCAUGCACUUGGAAUUCACAUGCAAUUUGGGCUUUGGUGGAUCCACAGGAUGCAAAACUUAUAGAAAGUAUACCACUGAACAGGGUCUCAGAGGGUAGAUAGAGAUGGAUGGCACUUCACAAAAAAUGGAAAAUAUACAGUCAAAUCAAUUUAUCAGGUAGAAUGGAUCUAUCCAGAUAGGGAAAGACCACCAUUACUGAUUGGCCCCACAGUUGAUGUUCUGAAGGCUUUCUGUUGGAAAAUACGGUGUCCACCAAAGUUUAAACAUUUCCUAUGACAAUUAGUGACAUGGUGUAUAGCAGUAAAGAAGAAUUUACAAGCGAGGGGGAUGAAAGGAGAUAUUUGUUGUGUAAGAUGUGGAGCCAACGAGGUAUCGAUAAACCAUGUGUUUUUUGAAUGCCCUCCAGCAAUUCAUGUUUGGGCUCUCUCGAAGAUACCAUCAAAUCCAGAUAUUUUUCCAACAAGUUCUCUUUUCACAAACAUGGAUCAUCUUUUAUGAAGAGUUUUCCCGAAGAUGGAAAAUCAUCAGUUUGCAUGGAUACUAUGGUACAUCUGGAAAGCUAGGAAUAAUAAAGUUUUCAGUAAUCUGGAUAUGGAUCCUAUGGAUACGUUUAAAUUGGCAAAAACUGAAUCAACACUGUGGGCUGAGGCACAAAUAUUGAAUGAACAGAGGACAAUACCACAAAUAGUGGAUACGAUCCUACCGUCAAUUCCAGGAAGAUGGUGUUUUACAGAUGGCUCAUGAAAAGAGGGUGAUACCUUUUCAGGACAAGGUUGGUUCAUCACCUUAGAAGGAUUUGAUGGAUUGUUGGGGGCGAGGAAUGUUAGGGUUAGUCUCUCUCCCCUUCAUGCGGAGAUGUAAGCGCUACCCUGGGCAAUGGAAUGUAUGAGAAAUUUACGUUAAUUUCAGGUUACGUUUGCAACGGAUUGUUCUCAAUUGGUGAAGAUGGUUUCAGAACCAGAAGAAUGACCAGUUUUUGCAAAUUAUUUAGAAGAUGUCAAGAUCCUGAAAGAGAGUUUCACCCGAUCAGCGAUUAUCUAUGUACCAAGGACGCAAAAUUCAAUGGCGGAUAGACUAGUACGCAGUGUUAAGAUGCAAUCGUCUUUUGUCGUUCACAUGGAUGCAGAUCACCCGGUUUGGUUUACAAAGUCAGUACGAGUCUGUAUACGUUGAUGACAAAAAAAAAUAAUAUAUAUAUAUAUAUAUAGGUACUCCCGUAAAAAAAUUGUUUUUUGAAAACCCUUUAAAUUUUAAUGAUGGUAUGUUUUUUUCUAAAUAUAUUUUUUUUCUUAACUCACAUUUCAUAGUUUAUUACUUAUGAGAUAUUGGAUCUAAACUCUAAAAUAACAAGCUUAACAUAAUCAAAAAGAAAAAUUAACUGGAAAUGCACAUAGUAUAUGUUAAUAUUCAUAAAUAUUUUUUAAACUUGUUCUUUAUGAACAUAUAUUAUACCGAUCUGAAUCCUCAUUAUUACAAAAUUAAGAAAUCACUACAAUCAACUAGGCUUCAUAUUCUAGUCUACUUAUUUAUUUUUAUUAAAUAUUAUUUUAAUAAUUUCUCAUUCAGCAUAUAAUCUGAUUAUUAAGGACAUUUAUAAACGCAGCGACAUUUUUCCUAUUUUUUGGCCCAAUACAAGUACCAACUCCGUUGACAUUUUUUCUCUUGCACAAAUAGACACAACUUGAACCGGAACAUGUAGCACUAUGUGAAACAUAACCUCCAGGAAUCGUAUGUUCCUUGGUAUUUAGAAUUUCAGUACAAUUUUUGUUUACAUAUGUUUCAUUCGCCAUUAAACCUGAUAGAAUAUAACGAAGACAUAAAAAUAUUAGUUUAUAUAUAUUGAACAAAAUAAAGUGUAGGAGUAUUAUAUAUUUAUAAAUAUAUGAUAGGUUGGAUCAGUGAAUAAAAGCAUAACAAGACUUUAAGAGGUAAGUGGUUACAUAAUAGUUCAACCAGAAAGCAAGAAGAAGUAAUAAGAUAAAGUGGUUAAAAAAACUAAGAAAAUCAUUUUAAUUGUAGCUUUUGAUAUUUUUUUGUGUUUGGUAACAAUGAAAAUUGUACAACUUACUGAAACAGUAAAAAGUUACUAAUCAAAACAAAUAUAAUGGUUAGAAUAACUAAAAAUAUCUAUUUUGUGAAAUAUAUUACAUAUAUAUAUAUAUAUAUAUAUAUUGGUUCAGUUAUAUAAUAUUAUAUUUCAAAGCUGCUUUUAAUUAACAAAAAUAAAUUAUAGUCGAAGAAAAUUAACUACUUUAAAUUUUAAAUAAAAAUACACUUAUAAUUUUUACAUUGUCCUAUCAUUUUUACUAGAAUAACGAGGAUCAAUGUAAUAAUAGAGUUUGCUUUCUCUUAGUAGAUUCAAUAAGUAAACCAAAACGAAAACAUUAAACUAUGAAAAGAUUUGUAAGCCUAUUUUUUAUGUUAGUGUCCUUAUGUCACUAUCCAGGUUUGAAUUUAACGUUAAAUUGUGAUGAUUUUUUUUGGUCUAAAAACUGUGACGAUUUGUAUAAAUAUUACUGUCAAAAUGCAUAGUUUGCGUAAAAUUAAAUAUUCAAACCUAUUGCAAUGAUGUAGAAGGUAGCUAUAAUGGGACUCGCGAUUUGAAAGAGUUUCUUCAUCUCAAGUGCUUUGACCAAAUUGAUAAUGAUUUUUGGGGCUAGAAAAAACUAUUAUAUUAAGAAAACUUAAACGUAUAUCAUCUUUUAUACAUCUAAUUUAAUUUAUAUACCUCCUUAAAUUUUGGUUUGACAGAUGUCGCUCACCAUUGAUUUCUGGUUUUUCUAAUAUUUGUUUUAAAAAAAAAAUUACAACUACUUUUUUGGUUUUUUUCAACCCCACAAUUAAAGUAAAAUAUAAUUUUUCAUUGGUGACUUAGUUUAGAGGAUAAUAGGUUUUUUUUAAAAUAUGAAUCUCACUAUUUAAAAUAUGUGGAAACAAAAUAAAAUAAAAAAACACGAAACCUAUCUCGGGACAAGGAGAACUCAUCCACCAAACCUAUCUCGAGAACAUCUACUCACCCACAUAAAAUCCUAAGGAGCUUAGAGCACUUAGAUUGGUUUUGAUAUUCAAAAGGUUCUCAACCAAUCAAAAUUAAUAUUUAUAACAUAUUUUAAUGUAAUUAAAUCUAGUUUUUGAAAAUAAUUGAACCAAAACCACGUGAUGGUGGUCUACUAACAGCCGACUUGGGUUGCUAAGCAAUCUGAUUCGAAGGUACUCCACUAUAUUCCAUCAUGUGAUCACGUGGUAUGGGCCUAUUGCUAACAAACCAUUUGAAUACCCGUAAAGAGCCUAUCCGUAGAUUUUACCUUUAUUUGGGGAUUAAUCUAAACCCUUUCAUAUGUUUACGAUACUCACAGUUUAAACAAAAAUCUAUGUAUAAUAGAAAACCUAAUUUUUAUUUUUUUACUAACAUCAUCAUUUUUAUAGGAAAAAAAAUGAUAAUCCAACAGAUACGAUCUUUUUUAUAUAUAAACAUGACAUCAUCAAAAUAUUUUACCAAUGAACGUUUCUUUUUGGAUACACCCUUUCAAUGCAUCUGUAACUUUUUACUAAUCAUUGCAAUUGUGUGUUAACAAUCACAACUCUUCACUAACCAAUGUAAAGUUAGCGAAGUUACCAAAAUAUGCAAAAGUAAUGUUACAGAAAGGCUGCAAGCAUAAUUUCACUGAGAGAGUAUAAGUUGAUAAAAUCAUUGUAUGGGCUUAAGCAAGAACAUAAGAAGUGACAUCACAGAUUUGAUGAGGUUGCCUUAUCAAGUGAUUUCAAGUUAACUAGUAUGCCAUGUGUUUAUGUAGAAAAUUGACGAGUCCAUUAAUGAAAUAUCGUUUGUUUGUAUGUUGAUGACAUGUUUAUCUUUGAUACUGACUUCAUAAAAGUAAAGCUUACAAAAACAUAUUAUUGUCAUCAAGUUUUGCAAUGAAAGACAUAAGGGAGGUGGAUGUGAUUCUUGAAAUUUAAAUCACAUGCAUGCAAAAGCCCAGUUGCGACACCUUGACAUUAAAUAUUGUGUUGUAUGUGAGUUGAUCAUUCACCGGGUGAUUACCAUAAAGUUUGUUUGGUCUGAAUGUAAUGUACCAGAUCAGUUGACGAAAUGAGUUAGAAGGUUGGUAGCUAAGUGUGUUAAAUAAAUUAGUUCAAAAAAUCCAUUUAAAUUUUUAAUUGUGGAAUACCCAAUUUCCUUCUAAUACAACAUUAGAGGCUGAAUUCAAUGUGGAAACCAUAUAUGAAGCAUACGUUUAUAUCAUCCCAAGGUACGUGUUUGGACAUGUAUGUUGAAAUGUUAUUCUUAAUAGAUACCAUGAAAAAUUGCAUUUGCAUGAUUAAAAGUAUUUACAAAUAUGAGUGUGAAGUGAUGAUGCUUCAAUAAGUUGGGACUUGGCUUUGUAUACAUUCAUGAAUGGAUAAUACACAUGACUUAUAAUAGUGUCGAGUAAACACUUAGCGUAGUGUGGAAAUACGUGUGUAUUAUCUUCAUGUGUCCAAAAUGACUUAUAAUAGUAUCGAGUAAACAAGUAUUAGAAUAUUGUUUCAAAAAAAAUCUUAGAAAUUUUUAUUUAUGCACGAGUUUAAUAUAUGUAUUAAUUGUUUAUUGAAUAUGUGAUUCCAGUUAAAUAAGAAAAAGAUUGUUGGAAAUUUAAGUAAAUUCUUGCAACCGCUUGAGUUAAGCAUUGCAAUUUUUUAGAUUAAGAUCAAUUGCAAUUUUUUGUGCUUGUAACUAUUAGUCAUAAAAUGUUACAAUUUUUGGUGAUAAACCAUUGCAAAUGUGGAUGUUUUGAGCCAUUAUGAUUAACAUUGUGACCUUUUGGUUAACUGUUCCAGCUGUUGGUGUUAAGAAUUGUAAUUCUUGGUGAUAAUAAUUGUAACUCUAACCACUAUAAUUGUUAAUACUAAUCAUUGCAACCCUUUAUAAUUUAUUUAAAAAGUUGUGGGUUUUGGUAAAUCAUAACUUAAUAACAAUAAGAAAUCAGAAACUAUCGGUUAGAUAAAUAGAAUGUUCAUCAUUCAAAGAUAAUCAAAUAUUUUUGAAGAAACACAUAUACACUAAAACUCUAUUUGUUAAUAUUCUAUCCUACCUUACAAAAAAAAAGAGAUUUUGAUUGUUUUAUCAUACAAAAUGAUACGUGUAAACCGAAAGCUUCGAGUAUAGUCGAAAUGCUCUUGAACAAAAAUAAACUCGAUGUGAUUCAGUCAUUAUCCACAAUUUAAAUAUAUAAUUAGUAUUUUUAAAUUGCAUUUAAAAUGAAUAUCACUCCCCCUGCAAACCGCAGGGUCCAAAUCCUAGUGUUAAUAAUAACUGUACCACCAAUAAAGAAAUAACGGGUGUUAUAAGUUUCCCAUUAAGACCUCAUGUUAAAUGAGAACCCCUUCUCCAUACUCUUUUUAUACUUUUUUAAUUUUUUAUUUUUUUUUUUGUGUGAAAAUUCCAUAGAUAAAUCAUCAACAGAGAUGCUUUAAGAAGUCCAUGCACUUUUCUAUAUGGUUGGAAGGAUAGAAACUCCUGCAGGCUUGAAGACUACUCCAACGGUUAUCUUCAAACAAAUGAUGAUUCACCCAUCUUUUUUUUAAAGGUUAUCUUGAAUGAUUUUUGGCCCUAGAUUGUUACUUGAAAAUGUAAUUGCAUUCUAACCAAACACAGUGAAAAAUAACAACAACAAAAAAAACCUCACGUGGUCGGAUAAAUUAUGUACACCUCACUUGUUUUUACUAGGCCCUGUUUAGGUUUUAAAAACAUGUCUUAGACCACUUGUAAUGUUGUACAGGAUAGUCUACAUUCAUAAACAAAACACGAAAGUAGACAAAUAAUUAGAUCAGAAUUGAUCACUAAAUUUGACUCUGAGGUCGCAAUAAUAACCGUAAUAUAAACCAAAUCUGUGUUCAUUUCUAUUCAUCCGCUUUUUUCCUUUUCUUAGAAUUGUCAAAGAAUUAUGAGAAUGAUGGGGUUUUCCAUGUAUCUUUUUGUUCUUCUUGUCUUAGGUUUUGGUCUUGCACAAAAUCCGUCAGGAUUCACCAGUUUAACUUGUGGUGCUCCGAUGGGAACUAGCUUCCUAGAAAAAGCAACAAAUAUAACAUACAGCUCUGAUGCGCCUUACAUCGAUACCGGCAUUGGCAGGAGCAUCAAAUCAUCGUACCAGAGCAAAUCAGAGCAACAAACAUGGUACCUCCGGAGUUUUCCACAGAGCUCUAGAAGCUGCUAUACCUUCAACCUGACCACAGGCGAUAAGUAUCUGAUCAGGGCCAUUUUCUUCCAUGGUGGUUAUGACACAAGACCCUCUACUAAGUUCGAUCUCCACCUCGGGCCUAACAAAUGGGCGACAGUUUCAACCGCCGAGGAGACCAAAUCUGAAACCUUUGAAAUCAUACACAUAUUGGCCACUAGCAGGUUACAAGUCUGUCUCGUCAAAACAGAGGAUUCAACGCCAUUCAUCUCCGCUAUAGAGCUGCGUAAACUCACCAGCAAAGCGUACGCGAACGAGUCGGGGUCCUUGCAGACUUUCUUGAGAGCAGACAUUGGCUCCUUCUCUAAACAAUCUUUAAGGUACGGAUCUGGUGUCUAUGGAGCAGAUGUCUUUGAUCGUAUUUGGCUGCCAUACAACUCCGAAAACUGGUCACAGAUUAGAACCGAUAAUAGUGUAGACAACGAUAAUGGAUUUAAGGUGCCAGAAAAUGUUAUGGCCACGGCCUCUGUUCCAACAGACCCCGACGCUCAUAUGAACAUUUCGCUAACCGGUUUGCACCAGACAUCACGGUUCUACGUCUGCCUACACUUCUCAGAGAUCCAAGAGCUCGGUCCCAAUGACACCAGAGAGUUUAAGGUGAUGUACAACGGAAGGCUCAUCAUAGAUCCCUUUAAGCCAAUAAGUUUCUAUACUAGUUCCUUUAUCGGAGAUGAACUCGGUCCGAACGCAAAUGGACAGUGCACAUUUUCGCUUCAAAAAACUGCGAGUUCCACACUGCCUCCUCUGCUCAACGCCAUGGAGGUUUACAUGGUGAACUCGUUAUCGCAGAAUGAAACCGAUACAAAAGAAGUUGAUACGAUGAUAAACAUCAAGUUGAGUUGCGGCAUCAGUAAGGUUGACUGGCAAGGAGAUCCAUGCGUACCGCGGGAUUACAUGUGGUCUGGUGUUAACUGCAGUUACAUUGACAGUGAGCAACCAAAGAUCAUUUCAUUGAACUUGACUACCCAUGGCUUAACCGGGGAGAUACAGGAAUCCAUAUCAAACCUAAGUACUUUACAAGUUCUUGAUUUUUCUAACAACAGCCUGAUUGGUCCGGUCCAGGAAUUCCUAGCUCAUAUGACAAGUUUAAAAGUCAUAAAUCUGUCAAGCAAUUUGCUAUAUGGUUCAAUUCCUACUAGUCUCCUAGAUAAAGUGCAAAGAGGAUUGGUUUCACUGAGCAUCGAAGGAAAUCCUGGAAUAUGUUCCUCUGCUUCAUGCGCAACCACAAACAAGAAGAAGACGAAGACGAAAACCAUGGUUAUUGCAUCAGUUGCUGCAUCAAUAUUUUUGAUCUUAGUCAUUUUUUUAGUUAUCCUCAAGAGGAGAGCCAAGCUUGGUCGUUAUCCCAAUUCAGAUGAUGAUGAUAAUAAUCUUCAGCAGUGCAACAAUCAAAGUAGCUUCUCAGAAAUGGCAAACAACAUGUUCACGUAUGAAGACUUGGCGCAAGCGACCGAUAACUUCUCCAAUGUCAACCUCAUUGGCCAAGGCGGGUUUGGUUAUGUUCAUAAAGGAGUUCUUCCCGAUGGAACGGAGGUUGCGAUUAAGCAGCUUAAAGCUGGAAGCAGACAAGGGGAACGGGAGUUUCGGGCAGAGAUAGAGAUUAUAAGUAGAGUCCAUCACAGGCAUCUUGUGUCCCUCCUUGGUUACUGUGUAACCGGAACUCAAAGAUUGCUUGUCUAUGAGUUUUUGCCCAAUAAAACACUGGAGUUUCAUUUGCAUGAAAAAAGGAGACCAUUUGAUUGGUCAAAGAGGAUGAAGAUUGCUUCAGGAGCAGCUAGAGGAUUGGCAUACUUACAUGAAGAUUGUAACCCUAAAACUAUACACCGUGAUGUAAAGGCUGCUAAUGUUCUUAUCGAUGAUAGCUACGAGGCAAAGUUAGCGGAUUUUGGACUCGCCAAGUGUUGUUUAGACAAUGAUACUCAUGUUUCUACUCGGAUCAUGGGAACAUGCGGAUACUUAGCCCCUGAAUAUGCAUCUUCUGGGAUAUUCAGCGACAAAUCAGACGUCUUCUCAUUCGGAGUUAUGCUUCUGGAACUGAUAACUGGACGCAGGCCUGUUGGUAAAUCACAUCCGUUUGCCAAUGAAGAAAACAUCGUUGAUUGGGCAAAGCCUCUUAUGUUACAAGCCUUAAACACUGGAAACUACCAUGGUCUUGUUGACCCGAGACUGGAGAAAGAUUUUGAUAUUAGCGAAAUCAAGAGAAUGGUUCUCUGCGCUGAUGCUUGUGUCCAACAUUCAGCAAAGCACCGACCAAAAAUGAGCCAGAUAGUUCGAGCAUUUGACAAGAGCAUAUCUCUAGAUGACCUAAUCCAAGGGGUUGCUCUAGGAGACACCACUAGUUACAACUUAGACGGGAGCUCAGAUUAUACCUCAAUGGAGUACAAAGAAGACGUGAAGAAAUUCAAGAGAUUGGUACUUGAAAGCCAGACAUUUGGUAGCAGCGAUUUGACCAGUGACAAUGGUCAGAGCUCAUCAGGCUCCUUCUGCAUCAAAUCUGAGACGUAGGAGACCCAAAUAAUUGAAAUAUAUACACAUUUUUAUCCAAGCCACGUGAAUGGAAACUGACCAAUAAUGUUUUAUACGUAUAUUUUUAUUCCGACGAUGUCAAGAAUGCCUUUGCAAGGUGUUCUCAUUUGUUAUAUCGAGAGUUUUAUCAAUAUUUUUCUUGCAAAACCAUUUAGAUUAAAGAAUUUACAAUAGAUAUAUAUCACAAAAAUGUUUGAGAAAUUGUGUUCUCUGUACAAGAAUAAUUGCAUAAUUUGCACAAAUAAAAAAGUCAUUAUUUUUUACUGUAUAUUUUUAAUUAAUAUCAAUAUACUACUAUUGUAUUAUUAGAAACAAAUACUCUAAAUGUAUAUUGGCGAUAGAAUUAAUGCUCUUUGUCUCUCUUUUCUCUUCUUCUGGACAAUCUCUCUUCUUUCUUUUUGUUUCUGUUUUUUUUUUUUUUUUUUUUUUUGCUUCUAUAAAAAUUGUAAUUCUUAUGUUAAUUUCACUUAACAAACUUUAACUUUGGUUUUGAUCGGUGACAUCCGCUGCUAAAAAUAACUCCACAUCUUCUUAUACGAGCAAGAAUCGCAGCAUCACUGCACAAUCACGCCGUCCCUCUCCGUGGAGUCAGACCGUCCGCGGCGAAUAAAAGCCUACGUCCGCUGUAGACGAGAAAUCAGAGGAAUCUAAUGGUUAUUACACAUCGGUCAAUGCAAGGAAGAAACCAGUUUGGAAAAGGAGAGAUAAUUGGGCUUAUGAGCCUAUCAUGGUAGCUCCCGUGUGGCAUGUUCUUUCUUAGACCACCAAAGCUCUUUCCAACAAGUCUUCCUACGAUUCUUUAGAAAGCCUCUGCGUUCUGUCAAUUUUUUUUUUUUUAAUUAAUAAUUGAUAUCACUUAAAUUACUUUAAGGAGUGAUUUAUACUCUCUCAAAUAAGAUGUCGAGUUGUAGUACUUAGGGAUCGAAUUCACAGGGAGCUAGGAAACCAAAUAAAUCUAAUCAGUUUGAUUAAGCUAGGCUAAUGUUUAUAAAGCAGUAAAUAAUUAAUGCAAAGCAAUAGAUAAAUCAUUAAACAAGUUGAACAAGAAAAUUAUUCAGCUUGGCAAAGAGUUGUUUGAUGGAAGGAUGGUUGCUAGAUUUAGGGUUUCUAUUCAGGAGAUCAGGAUAAUAAUCUUACAGAUACCUAAUGUGUUGCAUGCAUGAUAAUGUAAAGCUCAACUAUUUGAUCAACAAGCCAAUCAGCUCUCGCAUGUAUUGAAUUGUCGUAUUUUGAUCAAUAGAACGUGUAGAUCGAUAAUCCUAUAGGAAUAUCGAUCGAUACACCUUUUGCUCCGUCGAUCGAUUAUUCAACUGUGAUAUCGAUCGACGCGCUCUAGUCAAGCUUUAUGCGCGGGCUGAA